AUGACAUCUUGUGUAGAUAUGUUAUCGAUUGUUCAACUGUCUACAGAUAUUGAACUACUACAAUCAUUGCCUAAAAAUAAUGUAACUAUCGAUGAUAAUGAUAAGUCAAUCGAUCAAUUUUCUGAUCGAUACAAACAGUCUCGCUUGAUUCAUGUACAUCAUGGCGAUCUUAUAGUACUCUGGUUUGGUGAGAAGAACUCAUCAUUGAGAACAGCUCUUAUGGAAUAUUUAAUUACUGAAGAUAUAACUUUAAUUCUCUUCUCGACAGAAGAACAAUUGUGGUGUUGGUUGAAUACCUAUUCUUCAUUAAAAGUUGCAUCUCUGGUGAUUCAAACAAACAUUAAUAUUCAAGAUAUUGUAUGUCGUAGCAGUACAUUUGCUAAUAUUCAUUCAAUUCUUAUUCGUUGUUCAACUAAUGAAUUAAUUACUUUGCAACGAUUUUCAAGAUCGUAUGUCAAGAUCGAUGGUAUCUUCGCCGAUGAUACACGUCUUCUAAUUAAGUUAGUCAUUGAUCUUGCUCUUUUCUCAGAAGAAAUAGGUGAUCAACAAAGAGAAGAUGAAGACAAUGAAUUAAAUGCUCAAAGAAAUUAUGGUCGUGCUCGUAAUCUAUGUACUUUAGCAAAAAGACUGUAG